AUGAGUAGCGAAAUUCCAAAAGUCAUCACGCGGCAGCUGCCCAACGCUGUCGUCUACGACUUGUCGACUCCCGGGUCUGUUCGCAUUACUCUCCCACCGACAUCCACCUGGUCUAGUGGCCUCCACUGGCAUGAGUCUCAUACCGAGUUCUUGAAAGUUGUCAAAGGCAGCAUCCGGGCUCGAGUAGGCGAUACAUGGAAGGUUAUCACUGCUACCGACGGCGAACAACCGGAGGUUAGAGUCGAUCGCUUCGUAUGGCACGAGUGGCAACGUACUGGCCCUGAGGGGGAAGUCGUCGUUGUCGAGCGCACAGAUCCGGCUGAUGAAGAGAAAUCUAUUUUCUUUUGGAAUCUGAACGGAGUUAUCCUUAACCCGCCUUCAUUACUCAACAAAUAUGCUUGGGCACCAUCAUUGGUCCCUCGUUUUGCGCGCGACAUCUUUCAGGACUUCUGGAUCACUCUCAACUUGUUUGUCAUUUUCUAUCAUCUAGACAACUUUCCGGCGUUCUCGAACGCCAAAAGCCUGGUACCCAUCAUCGGAAAACAAUUAGACCAGGUAGCCUCUCAUGUAAUACUCUACCUAGCUACGUGGAUUGGUUGGCUGCUUGGAGCCCAACCGGUGAGACGGGUCUACACGCCAUCCAGGGUCUAUGAUCGUUGGUGGGAUGCAAGGAAAACAAAAAGUGUCAAACGGGAAUAA